AUGGCCAAGGUCAACACCCAGUGCUCCCAGCCCUCCCCCACCCACUGUUCAGUCAAGACCACAGACAGAGAUCUCGAAUCACAGAAUAGCCUCGGCAGGUCUCACUCACCAUGUGAGGAGACAUCUUCCACACUGCAGCCAGGGAUCGCCAUGGAGACCCAGGGACUGGCUGGAUCUGCACGGAGCUUAUUCACGAGCCAGGGGCCAGCCAGGGUGUCACGCCUCAUCAUCUCACUUCGGACGUGGGCUGCCAGGCACUUACAUCAUGAAGAUCAGAGACCUGAUGCCUUCUUGGAUCGAUUCCAUGGAACUGAGCUCAACGAGGUGUCCAGCAGGGAAAGCAAUGCCCAGCCCAACCCAGGUGGACAGGAACCACCAGACAGAGGUGAUGGAAGGAAGAAGGAUGCCAUUGUGGUGGACCCUUCUAGCAACAUCUACUAUCGCUGGCUGACUGUCAUCGCCCUGCCGGUCUUCUAUAACUGGUGUCUACUUGUGUGCAGAGCCUGUUUUGAUGAACUUCAGUCGGAGCACCUGAUGCUGUGGCUGGUCCUGGACUACUCUGCAGAUGUCCUUUAUGCUAUAGACUUGCUGGUUCGAGCCCGGACAGGUUUUCUUGAGCAAGGCUUAAUGGUCACCGAUACGAAGAGGCUGUGGAAACAUUAUACAAAGACCUUGCACUUCAAGCUGGACAUCCUGUCUCUCAUCCCCACAGAUCUGGCUUAUUUAAAGUUGGGAGUAAACUGCCCAGAACUGAGGUUCAACCGUCUACUAAAGUUCUCUCGACUCUUUGAAUUCUUUGACCGCACAGAGACAAGGACCAACUACCCCAAUGUGUUCAGGAUAGGGAACCUGGUCCUGUACAUCCUCAUCAUCAUCCACUGGAAUGCCUGCAUCUACUUUGCCAUUUCCAAGUUCAUUGGUUUUGGGACAGACUCCUGGGUCUAUCCAAACAUCUCCAAGCCAGAGUAUGGGCGUCUGUCCAGGAAGUACAUUUACAGCCUCUACUGGUCCACCUUGACCCUGACCACCAUUGGUGAGACCCCACCCCCUGUGAAAGAUGAGGAGUAUCUCUUUGUGGUCAUAGACUUCCUGGUGGGUGUUCUGAUCUUUGCCACUAUAGUCGGCAAUGUGGGCUCCAUGAUUUCCAACAUGAAUGCUUCGAGGGCGGAGUUCCAGGCUAAGAUUGACUCCAUCAAGCAGUACAUGCAGUUCCGGAAGGUAACCAAGGACUUGGAGACUCGGGUUAUCCGGUGGUUUGACUAUCUGUGGGCUAACAGGAAGACGGUGGAUGAAAAGGAGGUGCUCAAGAAUCUCCCGGACAAGCUGAAGGCUGAGAUCGCCAUCAACGUGCACCUGGACACCCUGAAGAAAGUCCGAAUCUUCCAGGACUGUGAAGCAGGGCUGUUGGUGGAGCUGGUGCUGAAGCUUCGCCCCACCGUGUUCAGCCCUGGGGAUUACAUAUGCAAAAAGGGGGACAUCGGAAAGGAGAUGUAUAUCAUCAAGGAGGGCAAGCUGGCUGUGGUGGCCGAUGACGGCGUCACCCAGUUUGUGGUCCUCAGUGAUGGCAGUUACUUUGGGGAGAUCAGCAUCUUAAACAUCAAGGGGAGCAAGUCAGGAAACCGCAGGACGGCCAACAUCAGGAGCAUCGGCUACUCAGACCUGUUCUGCCUCUCCAAGGACGAUCUGAUGGAGGCCCUCACCGAGUACCCAGAUGCUAAGAAGGCCCUGGAGGAAAAGGGCCGGCAGAUUCUGAUGAAGGACAACCUAAUUGAUGAGGACCUGGCCAAGACCAGGGAGGAUCCCAGAGACAUUGAGGAGAAGGUGGAGUACCUGGAGUCAUCCUUGGAUGCCCUGCAGACCAGGUUUGCACGACUCCUGGCUGAGUACAACGCCUCGCAGAUGAAACUGAAGCAGCGCCUCAGCCAGCUGGAGAGCCAGAUGAAUGGGAGGGGUCAUGGCUUCUCAGCCUCUAGGGAGACUUCCGGGGAUAUGGCAAAGACAGAGUGAGAAGUGCAGGUGACUGUCUGCCUCCCGCCUCCCAGGGCCAACCGUCAGUGAGACACUCUGCCGCCCGUACGGGACAGGGCUGGACAUCCUUCACAAGUGAUAUGACUGCAAGAGAGGGCCUUGCCGUCCUGGUCUAGGAAAUGGGGGUCAUGGGUGUCGGCUUCAUAGAGUUCCAGAUUAUCGUGAGGUCUACGUGAUACAUGGCAAGGA